AUGAGUUCGUCGUGCCAAUCUACUAAAGAAUUACUCAACCAAAGUCACACACACGAGAAAGCUCUUCUUUAUGCAAACUAUCUGCGCCAUUCCAAUGUGCCAGAGGCUUGCACAUCGCCAUCGAGUAGCACCAGUGGAACAGAUCCAAAUUUUCGGGGUGGUAGAGAGCUGUUCAAGCUAAAUUCCAAUCAGUAUCGUGUUUCUUAUUUGCUAUGGACAAUCAUGGAGUUGGCCAACAAAGCCGGUGAUGUGAAAGAGAUGAGCGAUUUACGGACAAAUCAUUUGAACUUUGUGGUUCGACAUCUGGAAGAUGCGCUAGCCAUGAGACAUUUGAGACGAAGACAUCGGAAGAACUUGAGUUCCACAUCCAGUUACUAUCAAAAAAUAGUCUCACCAAGCUCAACCAAAGAUAGUCCCGAUCUGAAAGAUACUCCCUGGUAUGCUUCAAUCCCACUGACUGUGACACACAGGUCACGUGUCCCCGGACCGAGGCCGUGUUAUCCACAUUCCAGCAGCUACCUCGUUGGACUUUAUUUGAUCAUAAAAGUAUUGUACAUAUUCAAUUCCACUGGACAGUUGUUUCUUACUGCCAGGUUUCUCGGACAACCGACCAUAUUCUACGGAGCAUACAUGUUAUUCGAUCUGGUGCAUGGAGAUGAGUGGUACACAACCGGAAAUUUUCCCCGAGUCACUUUCUGUGAUUUUGAUAUGCGUCGAAUGGGCAGUAACUAUCAUCGGCACACACUUCAAUGUGUGAUCGGGAUCAACAUGUUUAACGAGAAAAUUUUCAUUUUUCUCUGGUUCUGGCUCAUGAUUAUCACGUUCAUGAAUAUCAACAGCUUCCUGCGAUGGUGUUGUCGAUCAACGUUUGAAUCAAGUCGGGUUUCAUUCAUACAAACUUUACUUUUGGAACGAAAUGUACUCAGUACAACCUCGUCCAGUGGUACCUCAUGCUCCUCUAGUUCCACGUACAAAGCGAUCAACAGCGGUGAAGAUACCUCUCUCGGGCAACAGUACCCGUUCAGUUCGGGUCGGUUGUUAGUCGACCGAUUGACUGAAGCGGACAAAAAAAGCACCGCAUUUUUCACCGAACAAGUCCUCGGUCAAGACGGAGUUUUUGUGCUUCGUCUAGUCACAUUAAACGCUGGCCGUCCGGUUGCUGCCCACAUUGCCGAACAAGUAUGGACCCGAUACAAACAAGCAACCGAACCGCGACCGACCGAUAGAAGACCACAUCUGACAAAGCUGGUUCUUCCACCGCUACCAACUCGAAGUUCGACCAGGCCACCAACACAGACGGAACCGGCUCAUCAUCAACCAAAAUCACCACAGCCACAGUCCUCUUCUUCCCCGAGUGAUGUGCGUUUACCGAUGACUCAACUCACACCUCAACCGGGCCCUUCAAGUGUUCCACUAAUCACUCAUCCUAGUCCACUAACCACAUUUGGGGUCACUAUCCGAUCCCGGCUACGACCGAACACCGUCGCGGAUGACCAUCCGGUAGCAUCACGAUCUUCCAACACCUCGUAUUCCGCCUCAACCGAACAGUCAGCCAAAUCGGAAAUAAAAGUAUUACCUUAUUCAGACGGUCUUGUGUGA